AUGGCUGCGCUGGCGCGCGCGGCGCCGUGUCCGCGCCUCUUCCUGCGAUCCACGGCAUCAUCGUCGUCACCAAAGGCCCCCCAGUCGGCAUCGCCACCACCGCGGCACGCCCGCGCCGUCGGCGUCCGCACCAUGCGCUGCCACGCCGCGUCAGCGACCGGCCUCCGGAUCAACCCUGCGUCACCGUCGCCAGUACCGCAGCACCAGCACCAGCAGCGCCGGUCGUUUCGCUGCACGGCGGGCAUGCGCCAGGACCUCGCCAAGCGGAACCACUACGAGCGACUCCAAGUCUCUCCCGCCGCCACCCCGGGUGACAUCAAAAAAUCCUUCUACAAGCUCAGCAAAGCGCACCACCCCGACGCCAACCGCAACGAUCCCAACGCCGCACACACCUUUUCCCUCCUAUCCGAGUCCUACACGCUUCUCUCCGACCCCUCCCGCCGUGCCACCUACGACCGAGACGUCAUCGCCCGCCUCCAACCCUCCUCCUCCGCCACACCCUCUCACGGCUCCUACCACUCCGCCGCGUACCCCUCCGCCGGGGGCCGCCCAGCCUCCGGCCUCUCCAAGCGCCGGGGCACAUUCCGCGGCCCGCCGCCGAGCUUCUACCGCAACGGGGGCUGGGGCGCGCAGACCGAUCGCCGACGGCGCGCCGAAGACCAGGCAUCGGCGUCUUCCUCUUCUUCAGCACACUACACCAACUACGAGGGCAGCAGCAGCGGCGGUGAUGCCUUUACCGCGCAGCAAGCGCCCGGGGGGAGGUUCCACAGGGCCGAGGACGACGUGCCGCCGCACUUCGACAAGGAGGCCCACCGGAGGACGCACGAAAAGGAGGACGAGCGGAGGUGGGCACGGCGAAGGCGCGCGCUCGACGAGGAGGACGUCGAGUUUGAGCCGCAGGCGAGCCUGGGGGCGCACUUUGCGAUUGUGCUGGGGAUACUGGGCGCGACGGUGCUGGUGCCCGUGUGGUAUCUGAACACGGUGAGCGGGAAGAAGAAGAGCAAGGACUAUUAG